CAAAGCUUACCUUGACCUAUAAAAAUGUUACGAAGACAAGCCAGGCAGAGAAGGGAGUAUAUUUAUAAAAAGUCCAUAGAAGAGCGCGAGCGAACUAUAGCAGAAAAAAAGCAGAGACUCAAAAGAUCACUAGAUGAAAAUAAUGUCAUUCCCACUGAUCUAAGGAAAGAUGCGUUGGACUUGCAGAAGACCCUGGACUGGGAGGACGAGGGAGGGGAAGGUGUCACUACUCACAUAGAUGAUGAAUACAGGUGGGCUGGAGUGGAAGAUCCCAAACUGAUGAUCACCACUUCCAGAGACCCCAGCUCCAGGUUGAAACAGUUUGCUAAAGAAAUUCGGCUUAUAUUCCCCAACUCCCAGCGCAUCAACAGAGGUAACUAUGAGAUGAAGCAGUUGGUACAGGCUUGUCGCUCAAAUGAUGUCACAGAUCUCAUUCUGCUACACGAGCACAGAGGAAAUCCAGAUGGGCUAGUGGUGUGCCACCUCCCCUAUGGCCCCACAGCCUACUUUACACUAUCCAAUGUAGUGAUGAGACAUGAUAUUCCUGACGUAGGGAAGAUGUCGGAGGCCUACCCACACCUCAUUCUCAACAAUUUCACCUCAAAGUUGGGGCAGAGAGUAUCUAACAUAUUGAAGUACUUGUUCCCUGUGCCAAAAGAAGACAGCAGGAGGGUGAUCACAUUUGCCAACCAGGAGGAUUAUAUAUCAUUUAGGCAUCACACAUAUAAGAAGAAAGAGCGCAAUGAUGUGGAACUAUCUGAAGUAGGGCCAAGAUUUGAAAUGAAAUUGUACCAGAUCAUUCUAGGCACACUUGAUAAUGCUGACAGCGCAGAUGUUGAGUGGGUUUUCAGGCCCUACAUGAACACUACAAAGAAAAGAAGAUUUUUGGCAGACUGAUAAAAAUGAUGUGAAACCAGAUGACAAGACAAAAUUCUGUUUACCUAGAACUGAUUUUCUUUUAAUAAAAACUAUAGUUAAAGCAACUUUUCUUGAAAAAAUGCUGUCUAUGAAAUGUUUUAACCUG